AUGAGGGACUCAACAACGGGGAGUGGUACUGGUGGAGAAGUUCCCGAGCAGCACCUGGACGUGGAACAAACUCCUCCGAGGAGGGCCACCGGAGUAACAAUCAGGGAACCUUCCAGCACCCCGCGGGCUGCCGCUCCCAAUGCCCCAAAGGGAAAAGGGAAAAAGAAAGCCACCGAACCCCUCGAGCCCCUCAACGAAUCUUCGGACGAGAACUUUAUGGACUCCGAGUGCGUGUUCGAAUUAUACAGCGCCCCUGAUGCUCCCGCAGCUCCCUCAAGCAAAAAGAAAGCGAGCAAGAGGCAUCCUGGGGAAAGCAAUACAAUGCCUCAGGCUAAGAAGCCUCCAACUGCAGGCCUCCUAGAGGACGGACCCUCAGCCAAUGCAACUCAACUACCUUCUCCCCAUGAGCAGCAAACACCCCCUGCUCCUGCCGGGUCGACUCCAUCUCCAGCGGCCCCAACCGACCAGACUUAG